AUGGCAUCCUCAGACCUGGAAGAUUUAUGCUCUCACAUCAACACGGUGAUUUCAAACAUUAAAAAGUCUCUUAAAUUAAGAAACAUAGGUCGAGAACCAUCCCUCAGAUCUAUGCUUUAUAAAAUAGGACAUGAGACAGUUCUCUUGCACGAGCUCUUGAAUAAAAUGGAAGCAGAGGUUCAAGAUAAAAAAAAACAGAAGGAUUUGCUAAAAGAGCUUCUGAAGUCUGCUGAGAGAGAACAAAGAGAAGCAAAGCACCUCCUUGAAAACAUUCCUCCCAAUCUGCCUAAACCAAUUCGUAGCCG